AUGGUCAAGUGGUUCGACUCCAACUACCACUAUGUCAAGCCUACCUUCCAGGACGGUCAGACGUUCAAGCUCUCAGAGAACCCCAAGCCCGUUGCCGAGUUCCUCGAAGCCAAGGAGGCUGGCAUUAUCACUCGCCCAGUCCUCAUCGGUCCUGUCUCCUUCCUCGCUCUCGGCAAGGCCGACCGCGACCAGACUGUCGACCCCAUCACACUUCUCGAGAAGCUCCUUCCUGUAUACGUGGAGCUCCUUGAAAAAUUGAAGGCUGCUGGCGCCGAGAACGUCCAGAUCGACGAGCCUGUUCUCGUCUACGAUCUGCCCCAAAAGGUCAAGGAUGCCUUCAAGCCUGCAUACGCGAAGCUCGCUGCCAGCAACUUGCCCAAGCUUGUUCUCGCCACCUACUUUGGAGAUGUUGUACACAACUUCGACGUCUUCCCCAGUCUGUCCAACGUCAGCGCUAUCCACGUCGACCUUGUCAGGAACCCUGAACAGCUCGAGAGCGUCAUCAGCAAGCUCAGCUCCAACCAGGUCCUCUCUGCAGGUGUCGUCGAUGGGCGCAACAUUUGGAAGACCAAUUUCAAGAACGCCAUCGAGCUUGUCGAGACUGCCAUUCAGAAGCUUGGAAAGGACCGUGUCAUCGUGGCCACAUCCAGUUCCCUUCUCCACACCCCACACUCCCUCGAUAGUGAGAAGAAACUGCCCGAGGAGGUCAAGGACUGGUUCUCCUUUGCUGUCCAGAAGGUCUCCGAGGUGGUCGUCAUCGCCAAGGCUGUGACUGACGGCCCUGCUGCCGUCCGGGAGGCGCUCGAGGCCAACGCCAAGUCCAUGCAAGCUCGCGCAUCAUCCGAUCGCACCAACAACAAGGCUGUCAAGGACCGUCAAGCUAGCGUAACUCCCGAGCAGCACGAGCGCAAGUCGGCCUUCCCGGAACGUUACGCCCAGCAGAAGAAGCACCUCAGCUUGCCCAUGUUCCCUACGACUACCAUUGGCUCCUUCCCCCAGACCAAAGAGAUCCGUAUCUCGCGCAACAAGUACACCAAGGGUGAGAUCACUGCUGAGGAAUACGAGAAGUUCAUCGAAAAGGAGAUCGAAGAUGUCGUGAAGAUUCAGGACGAGCUUGGCCUGGACGUCUACGUUCACGGUGAGCCUGAGCGCAACGACAUGGUUCAGUACUUCGGUGAGCGUCUGGACGGAUAUGUCUUCACUACCAAGGGAUGGGUCCAGUCUUACGGUUCCCGUUGUGUUCGCCCUCCGAUCAUCGUCGGGGACAUCUCCCGUCCUGCUCCCAUGACGGUCAAGGAGUCCAAAUAUGCGGCAUCCAUCUCCAAGAAGCCUAUGAAGGGUAUGCUUACUGGACCCAUCACUUGCUUGAGGUGGUCCUUCCCCCGUGACGACGUUCACCAGUCCGUUCAGGCGCAGCAACUUGCUCUCGCCCUUCGCGAUGAGGUUGUUGACCUAGAAGCCGCUGGGAUCUACGUCAUCCAGGUUGACGAGCCUGCCCUUCGCGAGGGACUUCCACUCCGUGCUGGCAAGGAGCGCGAAAAGUACCUCGCAUGGGCCGUGGACUCGUUCAAGCUCGCCUGCGCUGGUGUCCAAGACUCCACUCAAAUCCAUUCUCACUUCUGUUACUCAGAGUUCCAGGACUUCUUCCAUGCCAUCGCUGCGCUCGAUGCUGAUGUUCUCUCGAUUGAAAACAGCAAGAGCGACGCCAAGCUUCUCAAGGUGUUUGAGGAUAAGGCUUACCCUCGCCACAUUGGUCCCGGUGUCUACGACAUCCAUUCUCCUCGUAUUCCCUCGGAGCAGGAGAUCAAGGACCGCAUCGCCGAGAUGCUAACCUACCUCAAGCCUGAGCAGCUUUGGGUCAACCCUGACUGUGGUCUGAAGACCCGUCAGUGGAAAGAGACCAAGGCUGCGCUGACCAACCUUGUCAACGCAGCCAAAUUCUACCGCGAGAAGUACUCUUCUUAG